AAGGGGAGGUCAUUUUUAGGUUGGAUGCUUUUAUACAGGAUGAAACAGAGUCAUACGACGAUGACCAUAAGCUAAUGGGAACGACAGCCCAAAACAUCGACGGCGUCCCGAGCUGCAGCGUUCCACCAAUUCAUCGUAAUCGGCCAUCGAAAUGCAGCGGUCUCAGAUAUACGUGCGGGAAUUUAAUUACUACCCGAGUAGUCAAAUUUCUAACCUAGCACAGAUCUCCUUUAAUCUCCAUGCCUCAUGGAGGUUUGCUCGCGAUGGAGGAGAGAUAGAGGGAGAAUAACAUUAACGGGAUGUGGAAUUGCGCGGAUCAUUCCUUGAAUGUCCAGUGCAAAUCAACGCUCCUAUCGCUCUGCGUCUCUAAAUCUGAAUCAGAGAGACGUUGCGAAGAUUGAGAAAGAGCAGAAGAGAGACAGAGAUCAGGGGUGCACAAGAAAAAGAUCUGCACCUGUUUGGCCAGCCCAAAACAAGAGUGUGCGUGCACCGGCCAUCGCACCCCAAUUGCACGAAGGGCAAAGCAGGCAACGGCAGCGAGCGGCCAGCGGACGGGACGGAUCAAUCCAUCAACGGAUCAGGCUGACUUUUUGCUGUGCAACGGAUCACCAGGUGCUAGAGAUAUAAAAGAACUGUCCGUCGCCCAUCAUCGUUGCUGCUGAAAAAUGAUGAAAGCGCCGGAGGAAGAGGAUGAUGCGGCCAGCCAACAGCAGCACAACCCGCAAGAAGUGCCGGAGGCUCCGGCGUGGCCUUCUACCGAAAAGUCAGCUACGUCUCGCCAGGAGGAUAAACGCGACGAACUGCAGGGGUCUUCGCGUAGCGGCAGCUAUUAUUCGUCCUCUCAUCGUGAUCGUGAUCGUUAUCAGCGUGAACGAGAUCGAAGUUAUCGGGAUCGCGAGCGGGAUCGUGAUAGAGAUCGUGACCGUGAUCGGGAUCGUGAUCGUGAUCGCGACUAUCGGGACCGAGGCUAUGGUAGCAGCCGGUACCGCGAUAGCUACAGGGAGCGAGAUGAUCGUCACGAUAGUCGGCGCGAUCGUCGCGAUCGGCGUAGUAGAAGCCGCGAGGAAAUUAGUAGGGGUCGCAAACAUUCCAGUAGAAGCCGAUCUCGCUCAAAAGAACGACGCGGACGUGAUUCUCGUGACCAGCGUGGUCGCCAUCGGUCACCACGGGACGAUCGUUCCCACGGUGAAUCGUCCACUCGCGAUGUUCCACGUGAACGAGUGCCACAGGACAGAUUAUCAGCGGAAAUCGAGCAAGAACUGGCCAAUCUAAGACGGCAACACGAUCUAAAGGAGUCGCUAAAGAAAGAUCAUACAAAAGGAGGAGGAGGAAAGGUGGACCCAAAAAAGCCUACACAACAGGGUGGAAAGGCUACCAGUAAGCCACAAACCGGUGCCAAAAAGGUCGUGCCCGCUUUUACCGUGGUCAAACCGCAGAAAUCGGAAACCUUUGUACCGUAUGACGUGGAGCUUAAUGUCAACACGGACGGCGAGUACGUGCCAGAGAUACAGACAGAAGAGGAACGCAUCGAGUUCCAGCGUAAGAUGCAGGAAAAAUUGCAACAACAUUUGGCAGCAGAAGGCAAGCUGUAUCCUCCACCCACGAAACCCAAAUCUGAGCAGCCACUGCCAACGGCCGUGUCUGGUUUCGCGAAUGAUGGGUCCUUUUUGGAGAUGUUCAAACAAUUUCAACAGCAGGUCGUUACGGCUCCUGCCGUGAUGCCGAUAGCUGCUGUGCCGCUUGUCCAAGGAAGCACAAGCAUUGCACCAGAUAAAUCACUAAUCUCCCCGGCCGCAGCCGUUGCUGGUCCGAAGAUGGGUGUUGCACCGCAAAUUCCGCUAAUGGCGGGCUCAUUUUCGGUAGGCACACCGGUUGGGGCCGUGUUACCAGGGAUAAAAACCGUACCAUCGGUGAAAUUAUCGACGAUAGAUAAAGAGCCACCACCGCCUCCGUUGCCCGUGUUCGGACGUCGUCGGGGAGGUAAAAUUCUCAAGACCGGUCUCGUCAAGAAAGUACGACCGAUCGAAGAGUCGGCUGCCGAGACGCCAAGCGAUCCGUGGUCGCUCUACCUGCAGGAGGUGAAGAAGUAUAAGAGUGCCUCCUGCGACGCGGAUUCCAAAACGCGACCACUAGUCAAGUAGGAAGUGCGGGGGCUCGUCGAAGGAUUGGCAGUGGGUUAUAUCAUAACAGUUUUGUGGGCAUUUGAUCGAAGGCGUGUAAUAUGAACUCAUAUCGUUGUAUGAUGGGUAUUUUCCCCGUUUUUUGGGUUUUGGGUUCACAUGUGUACUCAAAUAACGACAAAGCGUUGCUCUAUUAUAUCUCCCCGAGCAGCGUGUUUAUAAUGUUUGUGAAGACUUAACGUGUACAUAAUAAUUUAUCCGUUUUUCUGGUACUAUAAAAUCUAUCUCGACCGACAUGGGUUUCAACUUUACAUUGGAAUCUUGUCACUUUGAUACUAACCGUAGCGUAGGAAACAGUGCACACGACCGCAGUGAUCGUUUUUGGGGUUUUCAAACUGGACACACCCUCGGGCGACGAUAAUUUUGAUUGGACCCUACUACUAUCCCCCUAU